AUAGUCCCAAAAUCACCUUUUCGGUCGUAUUCACAUUCCUCUCCAAUCCUCUGUCAUUUUUCCAACUGUCAAAAUUUAAGCUCAACCAUCAAUCUCCCGCACGUAAUUUGUUGCAACAAAUUACACAACUGAGCGAAAUUGUUGCACUAAACGUAUGUCGUAUUGGGGCCCCUACGAAGAUCAGUUGAAUGGCGGAUUCCCAGGAUGUAAUCCAGAAUAUGUCCAAUAUUUCAACAACAUGUCUUAUUACAAUGAUCCCAACAGUGCCAAUUACAGUGCCGUAAAUUACUAUGACGGUCAAACAACGUACCAGAAUAACUAUUUGGAGCAGCCUGGAACCAGUCAGGUGACUAAUAACUGGGCCCCAAAUCACUCUAAUGAGGAUGUUGGGGCCGGGACUAGGAAAAAAACGAACGAAAGGAAGUACUGGAAUAACGGGAGGAAGAAUGAAAGGUACGGGAGUGGUCGCACGUUUACUAGAAGUAAGCCUGAGCAAAGGAAGUAUCCAGAAAAUGAUGAAAAAGUAGAUAAGUUUAAUCAGAAGCAAGACGGGAGGAGUCAAAAUAGUAACACUAGGUUUAGGAACAAUUAUAGAAGUAGGGAUAAGUAUGAUUUUUACGACGGGAGAGGGUAUGGGAAAUACGGGAAGUCUAGUAGGAGUUACGAAGAUAACGGGGCCAGUGGACGGGACUGGCGCUCCAGUAACGCAAAUCGCAAGUGCGCCAGCAACGUGCAAAAGAAAUUUGACGCCGCCUCUCAGCGCGAGCGCCUCGAGCAGAUGCUCUCGCGUCGCACGCUGGAGUGCCUCGUCUGUUGCGAAAAAAUCAAACACACUGACAAAAUCUGGACUUGUCAGCAGUGUUACCACAUCUUCCAUCUCAACUGCACCAUCGCCUGGGCCAAUUCGUCAAAACUAGAUUCAGGCUGGCGUUGUCCAGCUUGUCAAAACGUUUGCAGCGACAUUCCCAAACAGUACACUUGCUACUGCGGCAAAACGCUCGAACCGCGCCCCCUUCCAGGCGUAGUCCCGCACGCUUGUGGCGAAUUAUGCGAAAAAACGCGCCGUUGUGACCACAAAUGCACCAUUCUGUGCCACCCGGGGCCCUGUCCCGACUGCAACGUCAUGGUGGCAAAGCCCUGCGGUUGUGGGGCCACCACACAAACAGUCAAAUGUAGCGCUGAUACCGAAAUUGUUUGUGGCGCUAUCUGUGGAAAAAAACUCUCAUGUGGGGUCCACGAAUGCGGGGCGAAGUGCCACGUGGGGCCAUGUAUGGAAUGCGAUAGAGAGUUGAGACAGAUUUGUUAUUGUGAGAAGGUGGGGCGUAAAGUGAAAUGUAGGGAGGAGUUUAAAGGAGCGGUGAAUUAUUCGUGUGGGGAGGUUUGUGGGCGGGGCUUGAGUUGUGGGAAUCACACGUGCACUAAAGUGUGUCACGAGGGGGAUUGUGAGGCGUGUCCGAGAGAUGUGGGGGUGGUUAAGACGUGUCCUUGUGGGAGGAGCGAAUUGAAGAAGAGAAGAGAAUCAUGUCUGGAUCCUAUACCGUGCUGUGAUAAAAUUUGUGGGAAAAUCCUAAAUUGUGGGCAACCGGCAGCCCCCCACUCCUGCAAACUUCCAUGUCACGAGGGUCCGUGCCCCCCAUGCCCCCUUACGACCUUGAUUCGUUGUCGUUGCGGUCACAUGGACCGGGAAAUCCCCUGCGGACAAGUAACGACGAAAGCCGACGAUGCCCGAUGUGAGAAAAAAUGUACCAAGAAACGCCUCUGUGGCAAACACCGAUGCAAUCAACGUUGUUGCAUCGAAAUCGAACACAUUUGUCCCCUCCCAUGCAAUCACAUGCUCGCUUGUGGCCAACACCGUUGCGAGAGGACGUGUCACAGUGGGCGGUGCCCACCUUGCGUGGAAACAAGUUUCGACGAAUUGUAUUGCGAAUGCGGAGCUAACGUCUUAUACCCGCCCAUUCCAUGCGGCACAAAACCGCCCCCUUGCAAUAAUCCAUGUUCCAGGCCACGCCCAUGUGGCCACGAAGCCAAUCAUGCGUGCCACACAGGGGCGUGUCCACCGUGUACCGUUUUGUGCAAGAGGUGGUGUUACGGCAAACACGAGCAGAGAUCGGCUAUUCCCUGUUAUCAGGAGGAUUUCAGUUGUGGAUUACCGUGUGGGAAGGCCAUGCCGUGUGGGGCACAUAAGUGUGACAAGGCGUGUCAUUUGGGGGCGUGUACGUUGCCAUGCAAACAGAAAUGUAACGUGAAGAGAGUCCAAUGCGGGCAUCCGUGCGGGGUCACGUGUCACGAAGGGCCGUGUCCUGACACGCCCUGUAGGCAAAUGGUGCCGGUCACGUGCCCCUGUGGCUUGCAGAAAGCAACAAGGCCUUGCAUCGAGUUGGCUGAGGCGUAUAAGGAGAUCGAAAUGGCGCAUUUGAAGGACAAAAUGGCCGAUUUGUUGAAGGAUCAAGCUGUGGACAUCAGCGAUAUCAACAAAGCCAAAAGGCCGUCGGUUUUGAAAAUAUUGGAGUGCACCGAAGAGUGUCGGGUUCUGGAGCGCAACCGGCGGCUGGCUAUCGGUCUGCAGAUUCGCAACCCGGAUUUGAGUCAAAAACUGACUCCUCGUUACUCCGAUUUUAUGCGAAAUUGGGCGAAAAAAGACCCGCAGUUUUGCCAAAAAGUGCACGAAAAGCUCACCGAGUUGGUCCAAUUGGCUAAGCAGAGUAAACAAAAGAGUCGUUCGUAUUCUUUUGAGUCAAUGAACAGAGAUAAGAGACAUUUCGUGCACGAGUAUUGUGAGCAUUUUGGGUGUGAAAGCGCCGCCUACGAUGCGGAACCCAACCGAAAUAUCGUUGCAACUGCCUUUAAGGACAAGUCGUGGUUGCCGAGUAUGAGUCUAUUGGAGUUUAUUCAGAGGGAAAAUGGGCAGAGGAAGGUUCCAGGGCCGGUUCUGAGCAAAGGGACGUUGGGGAAGUCGGAGACCGUUGCCUUGAAAUUGCCUGGAAGGGGGCAGAGGGGAACGCCAUCAGGAGAGACCGUGGAUUAUUUCGAUAACCCCCCAGUGUAAUGUUUUAUAACGUAUUAUGUUUAGUAUUUUUGAAGGUUAAUAAAUUGGUUUGUAAAAA